CGCCGCAGUCAGUGCGCAGGCGCGGUGGAACCGGUUUUUUAAACAUGAGGCUGCGUUCGUCCCUUUUCGGCUGCUGUGGCCUCCUGGUGCAGCUCUUUGGAAUGGCCCUCUUCCUGCGCGGCUUCUUCCCCGUGCCGGCCAGGUCGUCGGGCUCUACCAAAGCCAAGGUGUCGGAUGUGCCGGCAGAGCCAGCCGGAGGCUUUGCAUCAAAUCAGACAAAACUACCAUCUCCAUUGUUUGGAAGAGUUGUGAUUAUGCUGGUGGAUGCUUUGAGAGAAGAUUUUGUCUUUGGAGUUAAAGGAAAGCAGUUCAUGCCAUAUACCCGACACUUGGUUGAACAAGGUUCAUCACACAGUUUUAUUGCUAAAGCGUGGCCUCCAACAGUUACUAUGCCCAGAAUUAAGGCAAUGAUGACUGGUAAAAUACCUGGAUUUAUUGAUAUAAUCAUGAACCUAAAUUCUGCUGCUCUGACAGAAGAUAAUCUAAUCUGGCAGGCAAAAGCUGCUGGAAAAAGGAUUGUGUUCUAUGGUGAUGACACUUGGGUCCGAAUGUUUCCUAAUCAAUUUACAGAACAUGAUGGAACUACCUCUUUCUUUGUAUCUGAUUAUACUGAGGUUGAUGAAAAUGUAACAAGGCAUUUGGAUAAAGUAUUAGAAAGAAAUGAUUGGGAUCUAUUAAUUUUGCACUACCUUGGAUUAGAUCAUAUAGGUCAUCUGGCAGGACCAAAUAGUCCCUUGAUCGGAUCAAAACUGUCAGAAAUGGAUAAUAUUGUUCAGAAGAUUCAUGAAGGACUUCUAUCCAAGGAAAGUAAAACCUCUGUGCCUAGUUUAUUAAUAUUGUGUGGGGAUCACGGGAUGUCAGAUACUGGCAGUCAUGGAGGUUCUUCAAAGCAUGAAGUAAACACACCACUAGUUUUCAUUAGCCCUGCUUUCACAAAGAAACAUUCCUUUGUUGUUUCUGAAUAUGUGGAACAAACCGAUCUCACAUCCACUUUAGCAUUAGGAUUUGGUUUGCCUAUCCCUCGAAACAAUUUGGGGCAUCUCAUUCCAUCUGUCCUAGAGGAAAGACCUUUUCGAGAACAGCUAAGAUACUUGAAUCUUAAUGGAUACCAACUUAGUCUUCUAAUUCAAGAGAGCAUUCCUGCGUAUGAGAAAGAUGCUGGGUACAAACUAUUUCAAAUAGCACUAAAAUCUCAUGGUUCUUGGAUCAAACUUUAUUUGGAAGGUAACACUUCGGAGACUCUGGCAAACCUAGGAAAAAAAGUGUUGAGGCAGUAUUUGGAUGCCCUGAAGUUCAUGAGCUCCUCGCUUUCCAAAAUUGUGGCACAGUAUGAUAUGUACUCAAUGAUUGUAGGAACAAUCAUUGUGGUAGAGGUUAUCUUCCUUCUGUUAGUAAGUAUUCCAGAAGCAUUGAGCAGCACUGCUGAAUUUGAAGUACCUGUGUCAUCACCGUUCUACUCCCUCCUAUUCUACCUGCUGUGUCUGAUGUUUGCAGCUAUUCACGUAGUUGUGUGUACAUCAACUACAACAUCCUGCUACUUCUGCAAUGUGUCCUGGCUCUUGGUUGCAACAGUGAUAGUGCUGAUAUCUGCCUUACAGUGUGUGCUUUUUUCAACACUUUGGAAGCGUUUUGCUCAUGGAAAACCUCAACGUAAGAGUUGUGCUGCAGAUUGUUCUAGCUGGUCAGAGCUGAAUCUGGUUCUAUUGCUUGGGACUUUUGGACACACUCUGAGUCUGGGUUCCAGCAGUUUUAUAGAAGAAGAACAUCAAACAUGGAUCUUUUUAGUCAACACACUUUUAUUGGUGUUCUUUCAAGAUGCCUGCCGGAAAUAUUUUGCUGCCAUUGAUCCUAAAGGUAAAGCCAAAAAAUGGAAUCCAGAAGAUGAUGAACAACAGACUGCAAUUCCUGGUUUAUUUGAAGUGUCUUGUCUUGACUCAGAUGAUGAUAACUCAAAAGAUUGUAGACAAUCGGGUAAAAAUUAUGAAAAAUGGUUGGUUUUAUCAAGCCCUUGGAUUAUUCUUGUGCUUUGCCGGGUGCUCCGUGGUUUAAAUCAGACGGGAAUCAAAUAUGCACAGAAGCCUGACUUUGGCCACUGGCUGACAAGCUCCAAUCACAGAAUUGAACUCUCCAUAUUGACAGCAGUUUCCCUGUUUCUGAUCUUUAUUUUGAUUCAGAGGACAUGUUCCUUUGUUUCCAAAGCAGCACUGGCACUGGGGCUGGUGGGAAUCUAUUGCUAUCGUGCAGCAAUUGGAAAUGUAGUUUUUCCAUGGAAGCCAGAUAAAUAUGAUGUUUCGAAGGGAAUUAUUGAAGCACGUUUUGUUUAUGUAUUUAUCCUUGGCAUACUUUUCACGGGAGUUAAAGACCUUUUGAAAUCUGGAGUUGUCUCUUCUGACACAGUCUCGAACAGUAGGGGACUCUGGGAAAUCUACAAUGGGCUCGUACUCUUGGCUGCAUUACUCCUUCGUCCUCACAACUUGCCGGUUUUAUUGUUCAUCCUUAUAGUUCAAAUGAUUUUGACCAGAUUUAUCUGGAGGACAUUGGGUUAUGAUGCAGCACAAAUUACCAUCAUAUAUUACUGGUUUGGCCAGGCCUCCUUUUAUUUUCAGGGAAAUUCAAAUAGCAUUGCAACUGUGGAUAUAUCAGCUGGUUUCGUGGGCUUUGAGGACUAUGUUGAGCUACCAGCAAUCCUCCUCACAACAUUUGCCACUUAUAUAGGCCCUUUGCUGUGGGCUGUGCACCUAACCUGUUACAUGAGCACAGAAAGAAGCAGAUAUUCUUCUGCUUCAGUGGGACACAGCUGUUACUGUUUUAUUCUGUUACGGACAAUUCCAGCAGCAGUUUAUAUUAUCCUAAUUACCUCUCUGCGUUACCAUCUAUUUAUCUGGAGUGUUUUCUCUCCAAAGUUGCUCUAUGAAGGUAUGCAUACACUUGUAACAGGAGCAGCUUGCAUCGUGUUCACUGCAAUGGAUCAGAAAAGAAUGUUAAAAACACUUCCAUAAAAAUGGUAUUGCACUGAAUUUGUUUCUCUUUUUUGGGAAAACUAAUGUAACAAUUGUUGUAGAGGAAAAUUAUUGAACUGAUGUUAUGUAACCUUUGACACCCUGACCAAUCAAGGACUUAUUAACCUCUACUGUAAGUAUACCCACUGACCUAGCCUCCACAACCAUAUGUGGGAAUGAGUACCACAGAUUCAUUACCAUCAGGCUAAAGAAAUUCCUCCUCAUCUCUGCUCUAAAUUGACGUCCCACUAUUCUGAGACCCUUUGGUUCUAGAAAAUAUUGUUAGUGAAUGGACUGCUGAUUACCAGUUGACCAUUCAUGCUAUCACCAAAGACUGGUUUCAUACUUGUAGAAUAGUUUGCUUCUUUGUUAAAAUACUUAAAUUUGAAUCCCUUUGUAUGUUGUCUUCUAAGUGAGCUACCAAGUUUGAUUCCAUUCUGUUUGAGUCUUCCUCGUUCAAAAAGUUAAAAUGAAGAAUUUUUCUGCCAAUUUGUUGCAGAGAAUUCCACAUACUAAGCAUUCUGUAAUCUUUCUCUUAAUUUGAAAUGACCAAAAUUUGUGUCGCUUCUAGUAGAUUUACCAGACUUUUUAUACUUUUCUCAAAUAUUUGUGUUUUUUUUUAAUCAGUUUCAGAAUCAUUUGAUGAAAUUUGAAAUUCAUUAUUAUUUUGAUGGGCCCCUAUUGCCUCUGUUUACUGUGACUUAACAAUGACCAUAAUUGAGGGAGCAUGGCACAGUUAAUCCCAUCAAACUGAGGUGAACAAUUGGUGGAAGACAGAAAUACAACAAAAUGAUCCUGUAAUGUUUCCAAACCCAUUGUAAACAUCUUGAAUGGACUCUCAUGAGAUCUAAAGUUAGCUGAUACUUUCUAUAAAUUGGUUAAGUGGUAGGAUGGGUUACAUUUUCCAGGUGCUGAAACUAGCAUGAACCACACUGACCUGUUGUCUGUGAUUCCAUGUAAGUUUGUUUUAAAUAGAGAAUUUUAGAUAUUCUUUUCAAAUACUUUGUUCAGACUCUAUUGUGAGGAUUGAUUUGGUGGGACUUACUUUUAAAAAAAACAAUUUAAUUAUACGUUCCUUGAAUCUUUUAGUUGAUUAUGACACCAAAAUCAGUUGAUUUAUUUUUCAAAGCAAGGGAAUAAAAUGACUUAUUUUUCA